AUGUCGCAAAACUUCGACCUUGUCAAGUACAAGGAGAAGCGUCCGGGUACGGGCAGCCUGGGAACACCAAUCGAGCUCACGACAAACUUGUUCAAGAUGAUCUUCCCUCAAGAUAACAUCAAUCAAAAGUUUCCAAAAUACCUCGUGGAACUGAGCACACAAAAGAAGGCAGGAUUAGAGCCGAUCAAAACGAGGGAAGGCCGUCGACGCGCGUUUUGGUUUAUUGUUGCCAGGAAUUUGGAUACUUUCAUAAAGUUACAAAACGUGAUUUACGACGAUUUUAUCAAUUGCUGGGCUUAUGAUGGAAUUCGGCCGCCACGCAAAGUAGAAAUUCGCUUCCGGGAAUGGAGAUUGAAAGAACAAAUGCCUGGUUCAUUAUUGAGACCCGAGAAACCAGGACAAGGCGACCGAAACGAGACUGUUGUGAUGGACAUCAAAGAGGCCACCGAUGUCUGUCGGGAUACGAGCAUCGGUGUCCAGACCGGACCUUGGGACGAAGUCCGGGCCGGCGAGGCCAUGCAGCUCGUUAAAGCGCUACUUCUCCAAAAGCAUCGAUUCGUGCCUGACGUCUGCGAAUGGGAGUGGGAUGUAAAUCAUCCAAGAACGCCCAAAGAGACCUCCGAUUUUUGCACAUUGCUAAGGACGCUUGGUGAAUUGUUCUACGCACAUCAAAAUUCAAUCUACCGCGUUCCAAAGGAUCCCACCAAGUAUCCCGGCUUUGACGCAAUUAUCACCCCGGGAACACAUGCAUGGAUUGGCACCUAUCAUUCGCUCAAGUAUAUCGAGGGAUAUCAACCCGUCGUCAAUUUUGGCUUGGUGAAUAAGCUGUUUAUGGAGCUUGAUAUGCCAUUGCCUUUAUUCUGGAUGACUGUCAUCCACCAGAAGCGCGAAAACCCGGGUCCGCUGCCUGAGUUAACCGAACAACAGUUGAAAGAUGCGUCGAUGAAUGUGUAUCAGUGCGAACUCUUUAACAGAGUCAUGAAGGGGCUACGAUUGAAGGCAGCGCCGGUUGCAGUAUUUGAGCCAUUUAAUAGAAAGACUGGAAGGGGAAAUUGCUGGGAUGUUGUCACUCGUCACUAUAAGUUUACUGAAUUGGCGAAGGUAAGACGCCUUUGCGAGAUUGGAAGGGAUAUACAAUGGGGGAAAACGGCAGCCCUGAUGCGGGUUUCGUACAAUAAAACAUGGAUUACACUUGAGCAGCUGUAUCAAAACGCUGCGCUGCCUCUGAAGUGGCCGAACCUUCCCUUAGCAGUGGUCGAGGUCGGCAACAAGUUCAAUGUUGUUCCUCUAGAGAUGCUGCGCACCCACGACAGCCCACAAGUCUACAACAAGAUUCUCAAUUACAAAUCUCAGCAAAAAUACAUCAAGGCAUGCUCUCGUCCCGCCCUUGAUAUGCGCCCGGUGAACCCAGAUUCGAGUCGACCGCCUCUGCCUGUCAGCCAUAAGCAACUGACUGAGAUGCUUGUGAAGAAGCUCGAAGUCAGUGCUGACGAGGGAGGAUACCCAAAGGAUCCGUUUCUGCAACAUUUUGGGAUAUCAAUUAACCCGAAAGGCAUUGAAUGUGAAGGUCGCGUCCUUGAGCCACCGAACAUUCAAGCUAAUGACGAGGUGCUGGUGGCCACGAAAGAAGAUCAUCGCGGCUUUAGUCUACGAAAAUUCCUGAGUCCACCACCACAGAAAGUCGAGAUGGCCGUGAUUGUCAUGUAUGACAAUGGCGAGCCUGUUCACCCCCUUGAUGACGUCAAGGGGUUUUACAACCAGCUGGCCGAAAUUUGCGCCAUUCGAGGAGUCGCUAUAUUGGAAGGUCUUCCUAAGAAAUGUUCCUGGGAUGUUUCUCGAGAUCCUGGAGGUCUGCCUUGUAUCGCACGUACCCUUGCUGACAAGGCAAACAAGGAGUGUUGCUAUUGCGUGCUCAUCUUCGGCGAUCGUGAUUUCGGCAGAUAUGGUCACAUCAAAGAAGUCAUGGAUUUUCACGGAAUCGUCUCACAGUGCAUCGACAUAGUUACAGUCAAAAAAUUCAAAAAGAACCCAAAGAAACAUACCAUAUUUUACAACUUGUCGAUGAAAAUCAACCAAAAACUGGGCGGAAUUACGCAUGGACUAGCCGAAGAAGUGGACGGGGAUGAGAUGAGGAAGAAGGGAUUGCUGUUCAUUGAUAAGGAACAUCCUACAAUGUUCAUAGGAAUCGAUGUCACUCAUCCGCCUGUGGAAAACAAAAAAGAUCCCGAACUACGGCCGUCCAGAGCCGCUGCUGACGCCCCUCGGCUUAGCAUUGCCGCCUUGGUGACCAACACCAACCUCGAGGCGACGAGAUAUACAGCUGAAGUACUACCGCAGUAUGAGAACCAAGAAUGUGUAGUACAUCUCGAAGAGACACGCUUCUGCAACCUUGUGAAUAAGUUUUGCGAGAGUACCGGCACCGUCCCCAAGCAUCUCGUCGUGAUCAGGGACGGUGUUUCUGAUGGCCAACUUAUGCCAAUAGCUUCAGCGGAAUUGAAAUGGAUGAAGGCCACUUGGAAAACGAAAUAUCCAGGUCACCAAAUCACCUUCACUUAUAUCGUCGUCCAGAAGAGGCAUUUUGUUCGAUUUUACCCAAAGAAGAAAGAGGAGGCCGAAGGUCCAAAUGGCAACAUCCCAGCCGGCACGAUCAUUGACACUACCGUAGUCCACCCGGACAUCUAUGAUUUUUAUUUGGCCAGCCAUUAUGGAAACGCGGGCACGACCCGACCGCCUCGCUUUAUCGUGUUGCUGGACGAGUGGAAGCUCGAUGUGGACGAGAUGCAGAAAAUGCUCAACAAUCUCUGCUACAUUUUCGCAAGAUGUGCGAGGCCGAUCUCGCUACCCGCGCCGCUCUACUAUGCUCAUUUGAUUUGCGCACAAGCGAAGGAGCGCUACAGGAGCCUUGUCAUGAAUGACGAAAUCGACCCCCCGCCAAGCAGCAGCGAUUCCGGCCGAGAAGGCGGUGGAAGAGGAAAGAACCAACCAAAGACAGCAGAGGUCUGGGAAGACUUCAUCAAAUUGGGCCAAAAACUAACCUAUAAGGUCGAGGGAAUGCCCUGGCUU